AUGGGUUUGCCCCAGGAACAGAAGGUGGUCCCGUUAAGAGAGUCUGAGGUCGAAGAAAAAUCAAAAGAGUCAGAUCCUGAUGUUGAAGCUACAAAUCCUGAUACUGAACAAGACUUGCAACAAGGCAGUCAAGCUUUAAGUUGUCCGAAAAGAAUGAAAACCAAAAAGAAUAAUUCACCUGAAGAUGACAAAUUUUUAGAAGCCCUUAACAAAUCCAUCAAAAGUAGAGAACAAUAUGAGGUUGAGAAUCAAGAUGACGACAGGUUAUUCAUGCUGUCUUUAGUUAGCACCUUAAAAAACGUGCCUCCUCAAAAAAAAUGGCAACUAAAAUGAAAAUAAUGUCAAUUCUUGAUGAAGCAACCCGCCCUGUGCUCAAUAUUGAUGAUAGUACAUUAUACCGUCAAAACUACUGGUCACAAACAGAAUCGUCGUCGUCACAAAGUUAUCACCCUGGAUAUUCUACUGUUCCUAGAGAAACCCAACCCAUGAUAAACAGCACUGAGUAUUUACCUAGUGAACCGUUUAGUGCACCACCGUCAAAUAUGACAAAUGUUUCAGAAGAUUCCUCCAUUUUAGAU